UUUUCAGUCUUACAGGGCCGCGGCCCAAAUAAUUGGGAUUUUGAGAAGAAAACAGCAACAACUAGGCAGCUAGCUCUUACACGUCUGUUUGUUCAGCUUCGUGGCUUCUAGCCUUCGAUCCAAUCAUCCAAUUUUGAAGCGAGCCUCAGGACUGACUGAAUUAGGAAUUUCUUUUGCAACUGCCAAGCAUUUGAUAUUUUGCAGAAAAUGCUGGCAAGACGGUGUAUAGCUUCUACUCAUUUGAUUAGGAUUUACUCGGGGAGGAACAUGGAAAUGGGGAGUUUUCUUUGCCCCCUACGGAGUCCAGAGUAUUCCAAGGUUGCUGCAGCUGAGCCUGCCACAGCCGAUUCCAACCCGAAAAUCGUUGGCAGUAAAUAUGAGCAGGUGAGUGUAAAUAAGAUGUUUUGGGCUAAACCAUCGUCAUUAGAACUGCCCCCUGACUCAUCACAAAGGAUAGUAGAGCCACAGUAUGAGGGCAUCAAGCGUUUCAUCCUCAAAUUGAUGAUGUUUUACAGUAAACAGAGCACAUCCAUUCGAGGGGCAAAUGUUAUUUAUCGCCGCAUUACUCGUCAGGUUGAUGGACCUGCUCUAUAUGAUGUAUUUAGCUUGGAGAAAACAUUUAAAACAACAUUCUCUGUGCUUGUUCUCCAUAUGUGGCUAUGCUUGAGACGAUUGAAAGAAGAUGGAAAGGAUGGCUCUGAGCUGGGGCAGUAUUUGUAUGAGAUAUACAAUCAUGAUCUUGAAAUAAGAGUUUCAAAGGCUGGGGUCAACUUACUCUUGAGUAAAUGGAUGAAGGAAUUGGAGAAGAUAUUUUAUGGAAACAUUGUAGCUUAUGACGCUGCCAUUCUUCCUGAAGCCAAGCAGGAUGAGUUACAAAAUGUAAUUUGGAGGAAUAUAUACUCCGAUGACGGCACCUUAACACCCGAUGGUCCUGCCUUGCUUCCUGUCCAGGCUAUGUCACGGUAUGUUCGCAGGGAGACCAUGUGUCUUUCAUUGACAGAUAAAGCUGCUUUGUUUUCCGGGAACUUCAUGUUCACCUCAUUGGAUGGAAAACCGACCGGUUCUAAGGGGAGAUAGCAUUUAAAAUAAGACCCACAUCUGAUUCCAGUUUGCAUCUUUGCAAUUCAUAAUGCAUUUUAUGUUCCAGUUGACUACCUAUGAGAAGCAACUUGCUGAAUACUUGGGCAAGAAAUUAAGGAGAGCUACCCUUAUGCUGUCGUGAAAAGACAUUCAAUCCUGAGUUCUCAUAAUUAUCGGUGAGGUGCUAGUUGGGGGGUGGGUGGGGGGGAUUAGUAUACUUCAUAUUCACAACCUGCAAUGCUGGAAAAAAUGCAAGUGUCAACAAUGUCUUGAUUAUUUUGAGUACAUCGAAAAUGAGAACAUUAUACCUUGAAUUCACAAAAGUUUGUAAAACACUUUCUUCGUUGCUUGGCGGCGUGCAUAAGCUAUUAAGUUUUAUUCUUUUAAAUGAAAACCGGGGUCUCCUACAUGAAGCAAUGGAUACUAUUCUCAGGCUAUAUUUCCAAUAAUUUAAGUUUUUAACUAUAUUCUGUCA